GGAAGGAAGGCGGCCGCCCCACCAGCGCCCCUCUGCGCUGCCGCCCGGCGCUGCCCCCGCGGCUGAGCGCCGCCUGACACAAAAGGGAGCGGUGGAUCCCCCCCCCCCACGCCGGGCCCGGCAUUGUUGUGGCUGCGGGGAGCCGCCCCCGCCCCGCCGCGCGCGGGGUCACGUGACGGGCGCCCCUUGGGCGGGGGGGGCGCAUCGAAACCCUACCCGCGCUGCGCCUUGUCGCGGGGCUCCGGGGGUGUCGCUGCCCGGGGCUUCGGUCGCCGCCGUGAGCCGGGUGUGCGUGGAAUGGGAGUCGCACGUUUGCAGAUAAGCUGAAACACCGUAGUGUACCGUUGGGCAGGACAAGUAAGGAAUGAGCCAGCCUUGGAAAAGAGGACCUGCCAUCCUAGCUGGAGACAUCUGAAGAGAGGACAUUAGUCUUGUGGCAUGCUUCAGUAGAAAUAAUUCAGAAGAUGGCUGGCUGUGGUGAAGUAGAUCAUUCAAUCAACAUGCUUCCCACAAACAGGAAGACAAAUGAGUCAUGUGCUAAUGCAGCACCUUCCCUGACAGUCCCUGAAUGUGCUAUCUGUCUGCAAACAUGUGUCCAUCCAGUAAGUCUCCCUUGUAAGCACGUUUUCUGCUAUCUGUGUGUGAAGGGAGCCUCUUGGCUCGGGAAGAGAUGUGCACUCUGCCGGCAGGAGAUUCCAGAGGAUUUUCUUGACAAGCCAACCUUAUUGUCACCAGAAGAACUCAAAGCGGCAAGCAGAGGCAAUGGAGAAUAUGCUUGGUACUAUGAAGGUAGAAAUGGUUGGUGGCAGUAUGAUGAACGUACCAGCAGAGAGCUGGAAGAUGCUUUUUCCAAGGGUAAAAAGAGCACUGAAAUGCUAAUUGCUGGGUUUUUGUACGUAGCAGAUCUUGAAAACAUGGUUCAGUAUAGGAGAAAUGAGCACGGACGCCGUAGAAAAAUAAAACGGGACAUAAUAGAUAUACCAAAGAAGGGAGUGGCUGGGCUGAGGCUGGACUGUGACGCUAACACUGUCAACCUGGCGAGAGAGAGCUCCGCUGAUGGUGCAGACAGCACACUGACUCCGGGGGCCACGGCAGCGCAGCCUCUAGCAUCCAUUUCUGCUAGGCCCCUGUUGUCACUAGAUGGUCAGCUGAUGAGUCCUUCAACACCAUCACCUGAUGCAAGCAAUUCUCUAGAGAACUCUUUUGCCAACUUACAAAUAAAUGGAGACAGUAUGGCUGAAAGGAGUCAUAGGGGAGAGGGAGAAGAAGACCAUGAAUCAUCAUCUUCUGGUAGGGUGCCAGCCCCUGACACCUCUGUUGAGGAGACCGAAUCGGAUGCUAGCUCCGAUAGCGAGGAUGUGCCUGCCCACCUUCAGCAACAUGCCUCCUCUGUCCAGCAGAGACACUUGAAUGCAAAUGCAAGCCAGUCAGGAGCAGAUAGACCAGUGGCCGGGGGUGGGGUGGUAAACACCAGUGUAAGAUCUAGAAGGCCAGAUGGACAGUGCACAGUCACUGAAGUUUAAAUCCAGAGCCAUGCGAUUAAAAACUCAGUCCUGUAUUUGUAAAUUUUCUGCCCACAUUGGCAUUGCACUCAAACCUAGUAGUGUGUUUGGUGGGGAGGGGUGUGAAAGGGCAAAGCAGAUUUGGCUUGUUUAACUUAAGUCUUUCAACAUGUUUCAGCUGGAAGACUCUAACUGUUGGAAACUGGGUUGUCCUGUUAAUGGUUUGAAAGCUGCUUAGCAAUACCCAGUUUUCUUGAAACUGUCUUGUGUUUAUUUUGUAACAUUUUUCCCUUGGAGAUACUCAAUCCCUUUUUGGCCAAUGUAUAUCUACUGUACAACUUGAAUUGUCUUCAUUAUCUGACUGUUGCAUUAAGUGUCUUACUACUUUCUGCAUGGAUUGAUGUAUGAAAAGAACACUAAAGCAAUGUGGGAGCAGGCAAGAUGUUGGGUGUGAGCAGGAUGCUUAAUUUAAUGUGAGAAAAUAGAUGUGAGUUUGGAGUAAAAAUGUGGUUUUACUAGACAAGAGCAAUCCUUUACCUUCCUUCAGUGGAAAUGUAAAAAUGCUGUUAACUUUUGUUGCAAAUUCUUACCUAUACACUCUUCAUGGCAUUUUCACUGGCUUUGCCAUCUAGUCCUUGUAGUUUUGUUUUUGAUGUCUUUCUUGAUCUGUCUUGUUUUUGUUACGGAAUUUAUAAUUUAAUAAAACUACAUUUUAUCAGUAACAA